AUGGAAUACUUUGACGAAGAUUUGGAGGAUCUGCACUUGAGUCUCUGCGUUCAAUCUUCAAGGCAUUACAUGAGGGAUAGCACUGACCAUUUCACGUUCCUGACUGACGUACAGUUUCACAACAGGUUCCGUCUGACAAAACAUACAGUGUACUCUCUUCUUGUGGAGAUUGAAAGACACCUUGAGUACAACUCAGACAGGAACUUCUCCAUACCUCCCAUAAACCAAUUCCUAACAUGCCUUCGUUUUUUUGCAAGUGGUACUUUUCAAAUUGUGGUAGGAGACACUGCCGACAUGAGCAAGUCAACUGUCUGCAGGAUAAUUAAGCGAGUGUCACAUGCCCUUGCUUCUUUGUCUCCCAUGCACAUAAAGUUUCCAACAACAGAAGAAGAGCAAAAGGAGACAAAACUAAAAUUUUAUCAAAUCACCAGUUUUCCAGGAGUCAUUGGGGCAAUUGACUGCACCCAUGUGGCAAUACAGUCGCCAGGAGGGGAUACAGCUGAGCUCUUUCGAAACCGAAAGGGUUACUUUUCAAUCAAUGUUCAAUGCGUUUGCAACGCGGACCUAUGUAUUACUGACAUUGUUGCUAGGUGGCCUGGUGCCACGCAUGACGCUACUAUUUUUGACAGCUCAAGAAUACGGGGCUCUAACUCUGGAUACCCUUGCAGACCUUACCUGCUGACCCCUUUGGCAGCACCUAACUCCUCUGCAGAAAAGAAGUACCAAGAAAAGCAUAUUGUUACCAGGAACACAGUGGAGAGAAUGUUUGGUGUUUGGAAGCGCAGGUUCCCUGUGUUCAAAAUGGGCCUUCGUUUGAAGCUUGACACGGCAAUGAAGGUGAUAAUUAGCACAGCAGUGCUGCAGAAUAUUGCACAACAAAAACAUGAGCAUGUGCCAGAGAGCUGUGAACUAGUCGCUGAACAUGAGCCAGUUGACGUCGUGUGGGCGGGCACUUCUGAACCGGGAGCCACGAGCACAAGAGCACAGAUAAUUGCUAGCUUUGCAACACGUAACGUCAUCCAGCACCAAUCCUAA